AAGGGCGCCUCUGGUCACUCAGGAGUUAAAAUGGCAGCGGGACUGGAGGGGGUUGGCGUGGCAAGCAGACAGGGAGGAGGCGACCGGAGUGGGCUGGGGAGGUUGGGAGAGCCGCGCAGCAGCGAGUGAGGAGGGCGAGCGCUAGCGGCCGGGAGGGAGGAGGCGCGGCGGGGGCGCCGGGCGCCGCGGGCCUGCUCGCUGCACUGGGAGACGCGGCGCUCCGGGAGCGCCCAGCCCUGGCCUACAGCCUCCGGCCGCUGCGCGCAGGGGUGGAGACGCGGCGAUUCUGCCGUCGCCCUGGCCGGCUGGGCCCCGCGACCACUCCCAGGACAAGUGCACGCCAGGGAAGGCGCCCGGCGAGCUCCGGGGCCUGGGCGGCGGCGGGAGGACGCGGAGUAGCGUCCCCAUCCCUCCGGGCGGCGAGUGACAGACAGCCCCGCGCGGGCUGCUGAUGCACCGUAGAAAUGAGUGAGCAGGCCCAGCCAGGUGCACGAGGAUGAGGAGUCACACCCAGGAGGGCAAGGAGUGAUGCCCACCCACCCUGUGUAGAAUGACUGCCCUGAGAGGGUGGUUCUCCAGGCCCUGGCAGGGCUGCUGACCUUAAAUCUACAAAACAUAAAGAGCAGGACUCAGGACUCUUCCUGUGGAGGGGCCCCUGCCUUCCAGCUCCAUCAUGAGGCUCCUUGUGGUCACCCUCUUGUUAGCUUGGGUGGCUGGUGCCACUGCCGCCGUGCCCGUGGUGCCCUGGCAUGUGUCCUGCCCUCCUCAGUGUGCCUGCCAGAUCCGGCCCUGGUACACACCCCGCUCGUCCUACCGUGAGGCCACUACUGUGGACUGCAAUGACCUGUUCUUGACAGCAGUGCCCCCAGGACUCCCUGCAGGGACGCAGACCCUGCUGCUGCAGAGCAACAGCAUUGUCCGAGUGGACCAGACCGAGCUUUCCUACCUAGCCAACCUCACAGAGCUGGACCUGUCCCAGAACAGCUUCUCGGAUGCCCGAGAUUGUGAUUUCCGGGCCCUGCCCCAGCUGCUGAGCCUGCACCUGGAAGAGAACCAGCUGAGCCGGCUGGAGGACCACAGCUUUGCUGGGCUGGCCAGCUUGCAGGAGCUCUAUCUCAACCACAACCAGCUGUGUCGCAUUGCCCCCAGGGCCUUCUCAGGCCUCAGCAACCUACUUCGACUGCACCUUAACUCCAACCUGCUUAGGACCAUCGACAGCCGCUGGUUUGAGAUGCUGCCCAACUUGGAGAUCCUCAUGAUUGGCGGCAACAAGGUAGAUGCCAUCUUGGACAUGAACUUCCGGCCCCUGGCCAACCUUCGCAGCCUGGUACUGGCAGGUAUGAGCCUGCGGGAGAUUUCUGACUAUGCCCUGGAAGGGUUGCAAAGCCUGGAGAGCCUUUCCUUCUAUGACAACCAGCUGGCCCAGGUGCCCAAGCGGGCCUUGGAGCAGGUGCCUGGGCUCAAGUUCCUAGAUCUGAACAAAAACCCACUGCAGCGGGUAGGACCGGGGGACUUUGCUAACAUGCUGCACCUCAAGGAGCUGGGGCUGAACAACAUGGAGGAGCUGGUCUCCAUUGACAAGUUCGCCUUGGUGAACCUCCCUGAGCUGACCAAGCUGGAUGUCACCAACAACCCACGGCUCUCUUUCAUCCAUCCCCGAGCCUUCCACCACCUGCCCCAGAUGGAAACGCUCAUGCUCAACAAUAAUGCUCUCAGUGCCUUGCACCAGCAGACGGUGGAGUCUCUACCCAACCUGCAGGAGGUAGGGCUUCAUGGCAACCCCAUCCGCUGUGACUGUGUCAUCCGCUGGGCCAAUGCCACGGGCACCCGUGUCCGUUUCAUCGAACCACAGUCUACCCUGUGUGCUGAGCCUCCAGACCUCCAGCACCGCCCAGUCCGAGAAGUACCCUUCCGGGAGAUGACGGACCACUGCCUGCCCCUCAUAUCUCCCCGAAGCUUCCCCUCCCGCCUGCAGGUGGCCAGUGGAGAGAGCAUGGUACUGCACUGCCGAGCACUGGCUGAACCAGAGCCAGAGAUCUACUGGGUCACUCCAGCUGGGGUUCGACUGACGCCUGCCCAUGCAGGCAGGAGGUACCGGGUAUUCCCUGAGGGGACCCUGGAGCUUCGGAGGGUGACAGUGGAAGAGGCAGGGCUAUACACUUGUGUGGCCCAGAACCUGGUGGGGGCUGACACUAAGACAGUGAGUGUGGUGGUUGGCUACACUUCCUUCCAGCCAAGCAGGGACACGGGACAGGGACUGGAGCUCUGGGUACAGGAGACCCACCACUAUCACAUCCUGCUGUCUUGGAUGCCCCCACCCAACAUAGUCUCCACCAACCUCACCUGGUCUAGCGCCUCCUCCCUCCGCAACCAGGGGGCCACUGCUUUGGCUCGCCUGCCCCAGGGUACCCACCACUACAACAUUACCCGCCUCCUUCCGGCCACAAAGUACUGGGCCUGCCUGCAAGUGGCCUUUGCUGAUGCCCACACCCAGUUGGCUUGUGUAUGGGCCAGGACUAAAGAGGCCUUUCCUUGCCACAGAGCCCUGGGGCACCGGCCUGGGCUCAUAGCCAUCCUAGCUCUUGCUGUCCUCCUGCUGGCAGCUGGGCUUGCAGCUCACCUUGGUAGAGGCCGGCCCAAGCAGGGAGUGGGUGGGCGACCUCUUCUUCCAGCCUGGGCUUUCUGGGGCUGGAGUGCCCCUUCUGUCCGGGUGGUGUCUGUACCUCUUGUCUUGCCUUGGAAUCCAGGGAGGAAGUUGUCCAGAUGCUCAGAAGGAGACACAGUGUCACCACCAUUGUCUCAACAUUCCUGAAGCCCAGCCAGGUCUCUACUGAGAAAUAACUAGGACAACUUUCUACUAAAAGGGAAGUGAUCUGGGCCAGAUGCCUGCCAGGAAAGUGGCGUGAAUCCACGUGCUUGAGGCCUGGCAGCUGGACCAAGACAGACAAGGAGGCUCUAUGGCUCCCAGGGGUGCACUCACAGCCUCCAAAAGGCUGCUGAUGCCUUCUGGGGGUUCCCAGCUGCCAUUCUGAGGAAUGCCUCCAAGGAGCAAGACUCUGCCUAGAGCCUCCCACCUCCCAGAGCCUCCUGGCCCCUCCUGGCUGUCCCCUGCCUGUGUUGCCCCUGGCCCACAGGAUAUGCCCUGUUCCUCUAACUCUUUCUUUGUACAGUCUCAGUUGCUUGCUCACCCCACUCCUGGGCAAGGACUGAAGGAGGCCUCCCCUUUCUAUCUUUGGGGCCCCGCCCCAAAGUGGGAGUGUCCCCCAGCUGGGUCUGAAGGACAUUUGGGGGAGAGGGAUGCCCAGCCAAGUCUCAUCUCGCAGACUGGGCUCUGAAGUUGACUUUCUAUAGGCAGUUUUGUACCUUUGUGGAGAAAUGUGUCACCUGCCCCCAACCCAAUUCACUCUUUUCUCCUGUUUUGUAAAAAAUAAAAAAUAAACAAUAACAACAAUGAG